GCAAACACGGAAGCGCGAAGCGGAAGUGGGUGUGGUAUUGAGGAAUGUCUUCCCCGGGCGGUCCGGAUCAGAUACCCCAGAGAUACGAGAGGGCGAGAAAAUCAUCAGCUCCAUGAGGAAGAGAGACUCCACCCAUGAGGAAGAGAGACUCCACCCAUGAGGGAUAGAGACUCCACCCAUGAGGAAGAGAGACUCCACCCAUGAGGAAGAGAGACUCCACCCAUAAUACAGAGAGAAACACCACUGCUCCACCCCGCAAAGAUAGGAGAUCAGUGGCUCCACCCAUGAGGGAGAGAGACUCCACCCUUUAGGAAUAAAGACUCCACCCCGGAUAUAGAGAGAAACACCACUGCUCCACCCAUGAGAGAGAGAGACUCCACCCUUGAGGGAUAAAAACUCCAGUCAGGAUAAAAAGGGAAACACCAUUACUUUAACCCUGGAGAGAUAGAAAAUCAGUGGCUCCACCCAUGAGGAAUAGAGACGUCACCCAUCAUACAGCAAGAAACACCACUGCUCUGCUCUUGAGAGAUAGAAAAUCAGUGGCUCCACUCAUCAGGGAGAGAGACUCCACCCAUGAGGAAGACAGUCCCCACCCUUCAGGAAACAAAACUCCACCCAGGAUACAGAGAGAGGCACCACUGCUCCACCCUGGAGAGAGAGAAACUCAAUAGCUCCACCUAUAAGGGAGACAGUCCCCACCCUUGAGGAAUAAAAACUCCACCCAGGAUACAGAGAGAGACAGUACUGCUCAACAGCUCCACUUUUGUAUAAGGGGGAGACUGGGCCCAGGAUACAGAGAAGGGCUCCGAAUCGCCACCCGGAGGGGGGGGGGAGACUCCUCCUCUGUAGAAUAGAAACUCCACCCUGGAGGAAGAGAGACUUCACCCCUGAGGAAGAGACUCCACCUCUGUAGAAUAGAGACUCAGCCCAUGAGGAAUAGACACUCCACCUCAGUAGAUUAGAGUCUGCGAGAAGGGUGAGAGACUCCGCCCAGGAUAAAGAGCGAGACUCUGCUGCUCCUCCCCUAAAUAAAAAAGCAUUCCAGCACUCAGGAAGGAGACGCCGUUGCUCCGCCCAGGAGGAGCGACUCCCCCGGAAAUGACAGCGGCGGGGACAAAGAUGAGCAGUUGUCUAGAGAAGGUCAUCGAGAAGCUGACGGCGUACAAGGAGGGGGCGCUGACGGGGACAUCGGCUGAGAGGAGAUCCGCCUCCACCCAGGAGGGGGAGGGGCCAAAUCCCACCAGGAAUUCACCUCCUAAAGCUAAAGUAGAACCCCGCUCCUGUGAGGAGAGGGACACCUCCGUAGAUCCCACCAUGAUGAACAUUAAGAGGGAGCCAUUCCUGUACGUAGGCGGAGCUCUGGGGUGGGCAGUACACCACCCGCUGCACCCCUCCAUCCAGAUCAAGGAGGAGCACUGGCCCUGUGACAACAGUAACUUCUCGGAGCUCUUCACCCCGGUGGCCUAUACCCAGUACAGGUCCGUCCACAUUAAAGAGGAGCCCCGCGAAGAAGGAGACUUCCUCAACAUGGAGGGGGGCCCGCCUCACCGCUCCGACCUGGAAUCCGCCAGGCGGGAAGAUGGCCGUCCCCUGCAGGGCUCGGUGUUCCCCAUGUCCUACCUCUGCAGCGACAGCGGGAAGGCCUUCUCCCACCGGACCCACUUCCUGUCCCCCCAGCACCCGGGGGGCGAGAAGCCCUUCUGCUGCGCGGAGUGCGGGAGGUGCUUCUCGCAGAGGUCCUACUUCCUGUCCCAUCAGAAGAUCCACUCUGGGGAGCGCCCCUUCCACUGCUUCCAGUGCGCCAAGUCCUUCCGGAUCAAGAGCACCCUCAACAAGCACCUGAGGAGCCACCAGAUGGAGAACCCCUUCACCUGCCCGCUGUGUCACAAGAGCUUCAUGCACCGGGGCCACUUCCUGGCCCACCAGCGGCUCCACGCCGAGGAGGAGAAGUUCUCCUGCCCCCUGUGCGGGAAAUCCUUCAUCCACCACGGGCACUUCAUGGCCCACCAGAGGAGCCAUGCCGAGGAGAGCCGCUUCUCUUGCCCCCACUGCCACAAGUCCUUCAUCCACCGGGGCCACUUCUCCGCCCACCUGAGGGUCCACACCGGGGAGAAGCCCUUCCCCUGCCCCGACUGCGGAAGCAGUUUCAGCACCCACCACAACCUGGUGGUCCACCAGAGGCUCCACGCGGGCUCCUCCAUCUCCUUCCUGUGAGGGGGUCUCAGGAACCGGGCCAACGGGUGCCAAAAAUCAGGACAACCCAUCUAAGAUGCAGGAGGGGCGCAUGGAGGUCUUCUCACUUUGGGUGCCCAAGGACCAUCACUGGCCAAUGGUGACCAUCACUGCCCAACGGUGACCAUCACUGGCCAACGGUGACCAUCACUGCCCAACUGUGAUUAUCACUGCCCAACGGUGACCAUCAAUGCCCAACGGUGACCAUCACUGCCCAACGGUGACCAUCACUGCCCAUCGGUGACCAUCACUGCCCAACCGUGACCAUCACUGCCCAAGGACCAUCACUGCCCAACGGUGACCAUCACUGCCCAACGGUGACCAUCACUGGCCAACGGUGACCAUCACUGGCCAACGGUGUCCAUUACUGGCCAACGGUGUCCAUCACUGCCCAAAGGUGUCCAUCACUGGCCAACGGUGUCCAUUACUGACCAACGGUGACCAUCACUGGCCAACGGUGUCCAUCACUGCCCAAAGGUGUCCAUCACUGCCCAAAGGUGUCCAUCACUGCCCAACGGUGACCAUCACUGCCCAACGGUGUCCAUUACUGACCAACGGUGACCAUCACUGGCCAACGGUGACCAUCACUUCCCAAAGGUGUCCAUCACUGCCCAAAGGUGUCCAUCUCUGGCCAACGGUGACCAUCACUGCCCAACGAUGUCCAUUACUGACCAACGGUGACCAUCACUGGCCAAAGGUGUCCAUCACUGCCCAACGAUGUCCAUUACUGACCAACGGUGACCAUCACUGCCCAAAGGUGUCCAUCACUGCCCAAAGGUGUCCAUCACUGCCCAACGGUGACCAUCACUGCCCAACGGUGACCAUCACUGGCCUGACCAACAGUGACCAUCUCUGGCCAACGGUGACCAUCACUGGCCAAAGGUGUCCAUCACUGGCCAACGGUGACCAUCACUGGCCAAAGGUGUCCAUCACUGGCCAACGGUGAUCAUCACUGCCCAAAGGUGUCCAUCACUAACCAACGGAGACCAUCACUGCCCAACCGUGACUAUCACUGACCUACGGUGACCAUCACUUGCCAACAGUGACCAUCUCUGGCCAACCGUGACCAUCACUGGCCAAAAGUGUCCAUCACUGGCCAGCGGUGACCA